AUGGAUCAACAGCCCCAGAAACAGCGCAUCGAGUACUACGGUCAGAAAAGAGAUGGCCUAUAUCAUGGCUUUGGUAAGGCCUUCUACCGCUCUGGAGAACUAUACAUCGGAAGCUGGUACAAAGGAAAGCGCCAUGGCAAGGGCUCCCUUUUCUUUAGGAAAGGUGAUCGAUACACGGGAUACUGGAAGAACGAUACUAUGGAGGGUGAAGGAGUAAUGGUCACUGGACCAGGCAUCACCUUUACAGGAAAAUUCAAGAGUAACAAGAAACAUGGUGAAGGAAAAAUAGUUUAUACCGAUGGUAAAGAAUACUAUGAAAAAUGGGAUGAUGGAGUUCUACUAUAUCACAAAUCUACUGUCAGCGGACAAGACAGUGAAGACAUCGAACCUGAAGUUGAAGAAGAGAAUGAUCUAGAAAAAGAGCUAAGAGGUGUUUACACUUCUCCAAGACAAUCCCUUCCUCAUGAGCUAAAGGAGAUGAUUCAUCCAGGAUAUCUCAAGAUGAGAGAUAAGGAUAUAGGCGAUAAGCAAUCAACUAUUAAAAGAUAUGGUAAAACUUCUGUACGAAAAGACUCUGAAUUGAUUAAAAAUUUGGAACCUAAAGUAAUGCAAACUGAGAUUGAAGAAGUCAAAGUUAAGAAAGAAAAUGAUGCUGAAGAAAUUAAAAGAACAAAUAAAAAGAAACUUUCAGGAUCUCUCAAAGCUAAUACUAAGACUGAAGUUAAAGAAGAUGAGGAGACUAAAAGUCCCCAGGGCAAGCCUCUAACAAAGCAUAAAAGGGAUGACUCAAAGGAUGUCAAUGGUAUUCUCAACCUCAGUGAAUUAGUAUCUAAAAAGAGAUCGAAAGAGUUAAGGAGUCGGUCUGUCGUGAUGAAUUCAACAGAGAAAAGCAAUAGGACUACUAUUUUUAAAUCAAAACAUCUAGAAUUAUCUGAGAAACUGAGUGAAGGCUUUGUCACCUCUAAGAGGAGCAGUGGAUUCAAUCUAGUCAUCGAUUUUUCAGAUCUCCAUUUCUCUCUUAAGAAUGACUUAAUAGCGACAGGAGGUUAUGGAGAGGUUUACAAAGGAAAAUGGUUGGGUCUCCCAAUCGCUAUCAAACGUUUUGGCAAGAAAUAUAUCAACAAGAAAGCGAUAAAGGAGCUGAUUAAAGAGAUCGAAGUUGUUCAUUCUUGCAGGCAUCCAUACAUUGUGCUCUACCUUGGGGUCUCUUUUGAUAAAUACAAUCAUUAUUAUAUGGUCACAGAAUAUGUCAGUAAGGGGAGUCUAUUCCAUAUUUUGCAUAAGAAGAACCUCUUGAUGAGUGAAAUGAAGGCGUUCACUAUUGCAAAACAAAUAGCUAUAGCUCUGAACUACCUUCAUUCCCAAAAUAUUUUGCAUUGAGACUUAAAGAGUCAGAAUAUAUUAAUCAAAGAAGACUGGAGUGUAAAAAUUUGUGAUUUUGGACUCUCUAAAAUAAGAGGAAUCUCACCUGAAGAGGAUAAAAAGGGACGUGUAGGCACUCCUCAUUGGAUGGCUCCUGAGAUUCUAAGAGGGAAUAAAUAUGAAGCAGCUUCUGAUGUUUAUAGUUAUGGAGUAAUUCUUUGGGAGCUUAUUACAAGACAAAUCCCUUUCUUGCAUAGAUCGCUUGCUCAGAUAACUGGAUUAGUAGGUUAUUAUGGGCAAAAGCUCCCAAUUCCAAAGACUAAGAAUUGCCCUUCAGGAGUCCUCCAGAAACUUGCUAAGAAUUGACUAGUAUUCGAGCCAUACAGAAGACCUUCAUUUGAUCAAAUAAUUUCCUAUUUGGAGAAAUAUGAAUUUAAAAUCCAUUGAGGUACCCAAGAAGACUUCUUAGAAGAACUUGCUGAAUUCAUUUCAUAAAAUAUUCAAUAGAAUGACUUCCUCUAG